CUGUCCCACAAUAACCUUUAAUUUCAACACCCAUUUGCUUGCAAUAAUAUCACCAAAAUUACUUGUCGGUGAAUGGAGCAAUUAUAAAACUUGUGACUAUAUAUCUAUAUCACAUUUCAUUUACUACCUUCUUUCAUCAACACGAGAACAAAAGGUAUUAGUGGAUCUAACAGGAAAGACACAAAGAUAUGGGUCGUGGAGUUAGCAGUGGAGGAGGACAGAGUUCAUUAGGAUACUUGUUUGGGGACGGUGAGGCUCCAAAAUCAACCACAAAAACUACCCAGGGUGUUCAAAGUGAAGCUCAGCCAAUAAAUAAAGAGCCAUCUCCAAAGCCUGUUGCUGCUGCUCCUGCUCCUCCUGCUGAUGCUACUAAGCAGGUUCCAGCAGGUAUUCAGAGUGUCAGGGCAGAUGGUCAAAACACAGGCAACUUUAUCACGGACCGGCCAUCUACCAAAAUCCAGGCAGCCCCUGGUGGUGGAUCUUCUCUGGGAUAUCUCUUUGGUGGUGGCAGCAGUUGAUAAAGAAUUUCCAAUCACCCACGAUCCUUUUAUUAUUUCUUUACCUUGUCUUUCAACUAUCUUGUCAACGUAAUUGUGAGUAUUGCAGAAUGUCGUGUUGUUUUAUGUUUGCUACCUGGUGGGUGAGGGAGGUUUUUUAAGCCAAGGAUAAGUGGUUCAAUUGCACAAAACUUCUGUCCAUAAUCGCAGUUGACAGAUAUGAUCUACGUUACUCUCGUCGUUGUUAUAUAUGGCUUCUGUUAAUUGACUAUU